GUUCAGAAAUGAAGGGCUAGCCUACAGAAAUUCUGGGGUUAUACUGCCACCAAUUUUCAAGCCUGAAAAGUUGUUUAAAAAGUCCACAUCAUUCACAGGUGGAUAUACCCAAAAUAUUGACAAUAAAGACAAAUGGAGUUUUUAUUAUAUAAUAUUUUUAUUUUAUAAUAACUUUUAUUUUAUAAUAUUUUUAUUAUAUAAUAAAAUCCUCAAUAAUUAGGCUAGAGAAAAUCUAUUUAAAAUAUAUCUCAUAUAUUAGACCACCACAAUGCCAUCUCAUAUAACUGAAGAAGAUGAAGUCUAACAAACACACAAAACCCCCUGAAAACCCUGAGAGUAGAGUGGAUAUGCAAAGGAGCAAAUAAAACCAUGUAAAAUAAUGGUUUGUUUAGUCGCUUUUCUUUUUUUUUUUUAAUUGAGAGAGAAGGCCUGAGUGGCUAUAAUUUCAUUACAGGGAGCAUUACCCAUGUUUAAUAAUAGAAUGGACGUUCUCAAGUGCUUUUAUGAUGUGGUUGUAUCACAGUGAAUAUACAGAACUCCCUACUUCCAUUUGCAGUCACACAGGGUCCCUGUCUACCCUGCAGAACUGGAUGAAAUACCAUCCUGUAAGCACCAAGUGUCUGGAGCAGUGCCUGCUCAACAUGAUCAGCCAGCUGUCUGAAGGCCACCAACAAGUGUUCUGCACAUCAGAAAUUCCAAAACCCUUCAAGGAACAAAUAUUUAGAGCAUCCAUGUCUACAAAAAUGUUUUCUUGCUACAUUUUUCAAACCCACGGAAUAAUGUUCAGAGACAUAAAGGCAGUGAAAGGUCGCCAGAAAACGCCAUUCCAACAUCUGUGCUUCGUGCUUCUUUUAAGCUCUGCAAAUCUCAGACAUGAUGACUCAUACAAAAUCACACAUGAUCAUAAAUGUAAUAUAUCAUAAUUUGUCAGGGCAAUACAAAUAUGAGGAUAAAAAUAUAAACACACUAUAGUGUCAUUUACUUUUGACCUUUGCUAUUUAGAAAAGGGCAAGCAAUUUUUGGUUCUGCUCUGUUAGAAAAAGCCAUCAUGAGGAAUGAAGAGCUGUGUUGGGACAUUACAGAUGUAACCCUAAACCCUGCUCCAGCACAGAGUGGUGGUAGUUCAGCACCACAUACUGAAAAAAAACCCCAAAUCAGGGAGUGAACGUAGCUUUCCCUAGCUUUCCCUAUCAGGUUGGCUGCAAACUGCAAGGUUUCAUAAUCCCCUCUCUCAUGGUGAUUAUCUGAUUUACAACAAAGCACAACUUUAUAUUAAAGCCACUCCUCCUGUCAAGGCAUUGAGUCUCCUUCACCCAUCUAGGCGGAACUGUGUAGUAUCUUCAUAUUAGCCAGCUUGCUGUUCAUAUCAGCCAAGGAAACCAGCAUUUUGAGAUAGCAAGAUCCAAAUCCUUUGGCAGCAAUGCUUAAAAGAUAGCACUAGGCUAAGAGGAGGUAGGCUGCCGUGAUGGUGUAGUGCGUAGAAAAGGACUCCUUACACAAUAUAUUUGCUUAUAAGCCAAGUAUUAGCUGGCUCUAAAUAAAAUCUCUUCAGUAAAGUACUGACAACAAUUAAAUAUUUCUAAAACUGACUUAAGUUGAUUCUAGUUCUAAGGUUUGGAAGCCUUGGUUUUAACGAACCUAUUCAUUCUCUUAAGCCUUUGAAAUUUUUUCCUCCUGACCACAAAAAACUUUUAUUUUUUGCACAGAAAAAGGUUGAAAUGAGAGUUGCUCAAUUCCUAUAUAAUCCUUCCACUAAAAGGGAAGAAGAUCUACGGGAAAAAAAAGUAGAGAUAUAAUGUUUUAAAGUGUGCAACUACAUACCAAGUGUUACCAGUACUAUGACAGGGUGUUUUGCAUACUGGUAAUUGGUAAUUGGUUAAAAAUCAACUAUACAAUAACUUGGAAUACAUUACACAUAAAAGUAUUCUAUCAAAUAAGAAAGUAAAACCUCUGCUUUUUCGAAGACACUGCUUUUGCAAUAUUCAAACAGUAAGUAUUGGUUAUGGUUUAACUAUGAAAGAAGCUUUACAGGUCUAUGUCCAACAACCACUGCAUUAUAGUGUGACUUGGUGCUACAAGGAAGUAAGUUAUUUAAUAAGUGAAUUACUGAAGUUUAUAAAAGAAGUAUUUACAUCUUUCACUGUCAGCAGUUUACACCCUCACGUAUCAAAUCAUUAUGCCACCAUUUCUUGGAGUAGUAGCCUGUAUAGAUUUGUAGCCCAGAACUUUUAGAUUAAUUAGGAAGACAAUAGGUAUUCCAGAAACCAAUCCAUUUCUGCACAGGUUAUUAUUUUUUAACAAUUCUAUCUUUCCAAAAAUGAAGAGUAUGGACCCAGAAAGCGACAUCUGUACAAAUAUGGCACAUUAGGAAAGUUUGGUGCAUUUGGAAGGAAAUAGUAGAAGUUAAACUACUAUGAAAAGUCACCUGAUCCAUGUUUGAAGCACAUACAAUUUCAGUAAAUAUGUACAACAGGAGGUCAGAGUGCUAUGAUCUCAAAUUAACCAACAGCUAUAGGAACACUUACUAAAACUUCUAGAAGUACACAGCAUAUCCGACCUUAUUAAACUGGCAUCUAUUGACAGUUUAAUUUACUAUUGACAGUUUUAUUGACAUGGCCUAAGCCAGAGAUGAGCAACAGGGAAAGCUUCAUACACACACUGCAGUUUUGUACUGAAGUACAAAUCUGAUGUGUAAACCAUCAGUCAUUUGAGUCUCCAAAUUCGCAAGGCUACAUCUCCAGUUAUCAGAGCACAGUAUUUGGUUCAAUCCUUCAAAUGUGUUUUUUGUAGCUAACAAAAAGGUAAACGUGUCUAUGCAGAAUUUAACUUUGCAGGGUACCUGGACUGCCAAGUUUCAGCUGCAUGUGUUGGGCCAAUCUGUCACACUAAACAAGGAUUGCAGAGCAUGUCUCUCCCAAUCUCUGAGCUGUGCUCCAGUCGCCUAAACCAGAGGGCAGAAAACAGGGACCCAGAAUGACUGCUGGGCCUUUGUGGAUUUGGAGAUGAGAGUGAAUAUAUAUUCACAUUUUUUUGCAAGUUGCUGAAUUUAGGCAACUUCCUUUGUUAAAGACCUACUCAGAAUUCUGCAAUAUGAUUUCAGAUAAGACCAAAAAAGGCACUUUUAUUCAAGAAAUCUUAUUUAUUCUGAGCUCAAUCAGUUUUUGUUCUACAAAUGCAUCUGAAAUAACAAGGCAUCUUGAGGUGUACAAUUAUUCAUUUUAAUUAAAAAAAUCAGGUGCUUUAUGACCAUCAGUUUUGCUCAAUGCCUAAAUGACAGAAUUCAGAAGUUUUUGGCUUUCUGAACUGUUUGACAUGAAGUUCCACCAGAGAUAAUAAACAUAUAACAGAAAUACUUCUUCUGGUUUCUAACUAGACUUCCAUAUCCCAUAUGAAAGUAUACUAGUAUCCCAUAAUUAUCUUCUACUUUGUGGAAAUGUAGAGCACUACUGCUACCUAAUGGGGUCAUUUUCUUCAGAGCAAGAGGCAAAUGACCUAUUAGAUAAAAGACAAUUUUAUCAGCAUGCUUCUUUUUCCAUGUCAGAGAAACAACCAGGAGGACACUUAGCAGUGGUAGUUCUGAGUGUUGAUUUUUAAUGAUGGUACUCACUGACAGCAGCUCUUGGAUGAAACAGUUAACUGCAUAAUGAUCACUGUGGUGAAUGCCACUGGAUUCAGUUAGCAAUACACUUAGCAGUUUAUCAGUUUAUAAAUCAAAGAAACCAUCUUUCAGCCUUGGCCCUUCUACUGAUACUACAUUUUUGCAUAUCUUCUUCAGAGACAUGUACCUCUGAAAUCAGUCUGCAUUCAUGGGCAAAUCUGUAUUCAUGGGCAAUGUGUAUUCAAAAAACUGUCUCACAGGUGAUACAGAAAGGGGAAAGCAAACAAAGCCUUCAUUGGUUAUUGAAAAGGAGUAUAGGGAAUCAAAUCACUUGUUGAUAAAGGACAAAACAAAUAAUAAAUUACAUAAGAAACAGCAUGCAAAUGUUUCCACUAUAUGCAACACCUUUUAUUUUGGCCCUAACUCUGUUGAAAAAUGAAACACUUUCCAUAAAGCUUUUGCCACUUGUUUCCAUGCUGCUCCAAAGCAGGUCCUUCUCUCCCAUCCUACUGUAAGCACCCUGAAGCAGCAAGGGAAGGCCACCCUUUAACAUUGGCACAUACAGGCAGACCCAGCCAGCACUGACAGAUACCUGCAAAAGCCAGAACAAAUAUUUGCUGCAGAUGACAGAUCACUUCAAGUUUUAACUGGAAUGUUAAAAAUGUUUUGUGUGAGCUAUGCCAAUUUUCUCCUACCUGUGGGCAGCUAGAGUGAACAAGUUCCAUCCUAGCAAGUAUUUUUCUUCAGUGUUUCUCCUUUCAGAAGUCAGUCAGCCUGUUUCUAUUUAAAUUUUCCUGAAAUAAUCUAUCAAUAAUAUUAUCAGGCUGGGAACAGACAUCUUUAUGGUGAAGCUUAAAGGUAAAGUGACACAAGAAGAAAGCAUAAGCCAAGAAGAUCUUGGAUCAAUAAUUUUACAUAUAACUAAUGCACAAAAUAAUCGGGGGGGGGGGGGGGGCUGCAGGGGGUGUUUCAGCUUAAAAACUCUAUUCUAGUCUAGUUCCUCCAGAUGUUCAACCUUUUUUGAUGAAGAUACUAGUAAAGGAUGACACUUGAGAUACCUUGAUAAUAAUAGAAGAUAAAGACAUCUGACUUAGAGAAACGUGCCUUAUUCACUUUUACUGCAGUUUUGCAAAUUUUUUAAUCUCCUAAUUCUUCAGCACUUACUACAGAGAUAUUGAAAACCAAAACCUGUAUGUCAAUCUCAGUUGUCACUUCCAAAAGUGUUUUCAAAUUGUAAAUGACAAAUUGAAAUGGACAAUUUGAUUUUUAAAAGCACAAGCACUGCGGAGAGCACCAACAGGCAGAUGUCUCCUCCUAAGCAAGGCAACAUACUAGCAACUUCAUUCUCUUGGGGCUAAAGUAUCCUGCACUGCUGAUUGCACCUUAAGCUUUUUCAGACUGUUAAGCUUGCAGCCUUGCUCCAGAAAUCACUGUGAGGCACGGAAGCCUGUGCAGCAGCCACUGCACCUUCAUACACGCUGCCAAGCCCCUUUCCAGCCUGGCCUGCUUCAGGCACAUUUCUCACCUGACUCGCUGGUUUGUUUAGCUGCCGACUCUGUCUGAUUGCCAUGUGGCACGUGGCUGUGCUUCACAUGUGGCACAACCACACCCAGAGCAUCAUGCAGAGAGCUGCCUGCCUGAAAGGUGAAAGUCAUUUCCAGACUACCCACUGCUUCCCCUUCUCCUCCUCCCAUUAUUUGGUGUCCCUGCUCAGACAGGAACAGCCAACUGUGGAGAUGUAAUUUAAAAAGGAAAAACCUAUGUGGGAGCUGGCCGUGGCUGACACUGCACGCUCAUGCAUGGCUUUGUCAUUUUAGUCUCUAACAACUUCUUUCCUUGUUUUCUUUGACUGCAGUGAUGCCAACACAUUUUAAGAGGCCAAAGUGCUGAUCAGUGCCUAAGUCCCUGACAGGCACACAUGGCCCAGCCCAGCAGAGCUUCAUCCCUUACCCCAUAGGCAGUCAGCACAGGAAAAUCAUGAACCAACCCCACCUCCAUGCCACCCAGACAUCAGCCCAUCUCCUGCCAUGAUAACCAGACUCACAUCUGUGUUUCAGGCUAUCUCUGAAGAAGGAGUUAUCACCAGACUGAUUUUAUUCUGGCAGGCUCCCUAUGGAGUGAGGAGAACUGAUAAGGGAAAAAAACAGGCUAGCCCUUAAGCAUUUCCACAGGGGAUCUCCAGCAUUUUAAUAUUUAGUGUUGCACCAGAAAAAUCACGUACACUUUACCUUCUUGCUAUUCUUUUAAAAAUUAUUUUAAAAUAAAUAUGAAUCUGCCUUAUUUAUAAUCUUCAAUUCGUGUGUGUGGUGAGGCAAGAUAACCAAAAAGUAUUCUCACAAAGUGUUUUUGGAAAAAGCAAAAUGCUGCAGCCUUCUACUCCCCCAUGCCCAUUAAUUGUAAUUGUGCAGAAAAUCUGGGAGGGGGAGGUUGUCACAUCCCCACUCCCUGUGAACAUGGGACACUUUAUCAUUCCCAUGGGGCCAAUUCCCUUUCAUCCCUCUCAGGCUUGCACACCAAGCCAUCCAUCCCUGGUGCACACCUUAGGCACAGGAAUGAAAAGGGAGGGAAGGAAUCCCUGAGUAUUUGAUAACUUUCUUACCAGCUGAUCUGGUACUGUCAUGCCUUCAGAUAAUCCUCCUGGUUCUACCUAACCCACUCACCAAAGCUGUGCUCCAGGGCUUAGUAGUGGUAACUCCAAUCUUGACAAUACUGAGCACUUCUAAAAUUUCUGGACCUAGUAUCUUUGUUAAAUAUUUCUAGAAAAGGGCAAAGAAUAGACUUAAUUGUCACCAGAAGGAUCUGAGAGGCAGAUGUCCCACUGAAUCCAGACAUCCAAGGGAGGGAAGCUGGCAACCCAUUGAAUUUUCUAUAGAUGUGCCUUGUGGAAAAUGUCUUGAUCACUUUCUGAGGCUUAUGUUGGAAACACCUCCCCAGGCAAGGAGCAGAAGGAUGUCCUCCAGUUCCCCCUCCCUAAUGGGUCUGUCCUGUCUUGUUCUGAUCAAUUUCUGACAGCAAUUUCUCGUCAAUGCCUGGGUACAUCUCCAUCUGGGAUGUAGACAAGCUUGAAAGAUCACUGUAGGAUGUAAGUUUUCUCGACAGGCUCUUUGGUAAUUUGCCAAGCCAGAAGUUACUGACAAUGGAAGGCUUCUUUACAGGGAAUGGCCAAAAAGAUCUUUUGACAGAAUCAGGGAGAGGCAGUUUUCCAGGAGCUUAAGCUUCUGGUAAACUUUUAACCUGGUUAAAAGUUAUUCCAGAAUCCUUCCUCAGGUGGCUUCUAGAUGACCACAGGACACUUGUGACUUGACUUGUUACAGCCUCGUGCCACACAUUGACUCCAAACAGUGUGAACAGGAAGGACAGAAUAAGAAGAAACUGGUAAUCUUUGAAGUAGAAAAAUGGAAAAGCUGGUGAUCCCUAGCAUUUCCCAUGGACUAAGCAGCUCUUGGUAAGCUGAGUACACACUAAUAGCCACAUGCCAAAGUGCACUGAGAACCCAGCCCAAGAGAAGUCAGUCCCUGGGAGAUGGAGUCUUACUGGGGGUGAUGACAGUGCUGCCCAUGCACCAUCAUGUCCUCAUGUUGUUCUUUAUGCAAUCCAGUGUCAAAGGAACGUCCUUCUGGAAUUCCAGUCCAAACUCUCAUAUAAUGUUGUCUUCACAGUUUCAUAUGCUCCACUGUAUCAACUAAAACACUCCUUGUGAGACAGACUUGGCUUUUAAACAGUUUUGUAACCCAUCUGGAUAGCACUGGUUUGUUUCUGCUAUUUCACUCAGCUAUGGUGAGGCAGCAGGAGCAGGGCUGCAGGGUCCUUGGCUGCUGUGGCACCAAUAGAGUUCAUGUAAUAGUUUGGGUUGGAAAGGGACCUUAUAGAUCAUCUUUUUCCAACCACCCUGCUGUGGGCAGGGACACCUUCCAUUAGAGGAGGUUGGCCAAUGCCUCAGCUGACCUGGCCUUGCUAUCUCCAUACUGAGACCCCGCGUGCAACUUCUUCUGGAUCCAUUCUCUAUUUACCAUUUCCAAGUGCUAACAAGCUGAGGUGUCUUGGUUUAUAUAACAGUAAAAAUUUCUUUGAUUCCUUUACAAGAGCUAGAAAAUUUGGUACUUUCUUUGUAUCUGUCUCCUAGAGUCACAUCGAAACUCUUUUCCUAAAAGCACACAAAUGAAGGAAGUUCCCAUUCUUCUACCUGCCAAACAGUAAGAGUGAGCUCUGAUUCCCACUGAGGAGAGGUUUACAUGCAAGGGAAAUGGAGGGGAUAGCAAUUUGAGUUUGUGUCCCAAGAUUUGCAACUAGUGGAAGCAGUCCUUACAUCUCCUGAACACCUUAGUCCAAAUCCAUGGAAGCAAAGGUGCUAGUAUAUUCACCAAUUGGCACUGGGGAGGACUCUUGUCCAGGUUCACAAGCUGUGUUAUGACCACCACUAGAUAAAGUAUUUGCAUUCAAAAAAACAGCAGGGCACAGGAAUAUUAAGCUGGGGCAGGAUAAGUGCAAGAAGAAUGUCCCAUGGAUUUGAGACUGGUAUUUUUCCCAGGAGUGCCCCAAGUAAGGCUGCAUUUGCUGUACCAGAAGUCCCUUAAGGGGUCACAACACAAAUAUGUGAACACUGUGGCACAGGGAUCUCUUGCCAGGGUGUUCUUCAGAAGCAACUCAAGGCAGUGUGUAUGAUGUCACAGUAUCUGCAAGGCUCUGCCUCUGUGGAAGAUACUGCAGUUCCACCACAAGCCCUCCUGAUUUAGGGGCCCAGGUCGCCAGUGGUGGGCUAGGAUUCCCAAAGAGACCCAUAACUCCGUGCUGAAACCCCCAUUUGCCUCCUGAAAUGUCCCGGUCACACAGUCUUACCUAAACACAUCUUCAGCUGCCUUGCUCACAGCCUCGCUCACAGCCUUGCCCUAAUCUUAGCCAUACACAGACAAAAAGACACUAAAUUGUAUCAUCUGGGUCAGGAAAGAUAACGGAUAAUGCUGGGUGUGACACACAGAGAAAAUGCCACAGCUUCUCAGUGCCCCUAUAAAAACACAUCAAAUAAAACAUGUGGCAAAAUGGAACUCUGUCUGUGAAAUAACUUGUGAAUUACAGGCCAGUUAUUUUUCCUUCCAAAACUGUAUGGCCCAGAAUUCCAUCAAAUAAACCACGGAUAAGAGCUAAGAGAUGUGUAGUAUAUUUCUGUAAUACUUCUACAGAGGAAGGGGUUAAAAACUGCAGAGUCAGGAAGUCUUUACUAUUAAUAUAGCGACCUUUAUUAGCUGCAUCCCUUAUUGGUGUUGUUUCUUCAUAAUGACAUGCCUUUUUAAUACCUUGAAAGAGACCCAAAUCUUUAAUGCAAGGGGGGACAUUCAAGAAUAUCUUUCUGAAAUCACAACAGCCUGUUAAAGACCAAUUAAUUAGACAAUAGUAAUUGUGGAUGCAAGGCAUGGAGAGUCUCAACAGUCAUGUUUAGCUUGAGUCUUCAUCAUUCUGAAAACUGUCACUGUUUAAUAUUUUGAGAACAAUUUGUGAAUGCAAUUUAAAACAAUAAAAAAUAUCUACUACUGGCAUUCACUCAUUUCUUUCCGUUUGUUUCACAGCUCACAUUAUUAUUUGAUCUUUUUUCCGUAGGUUAGAAUAAGUUCAGGUCAUUUUUUUAGAGCUGGUGCUGUUAUCUCUGCUGAGGGAAACAACAACAACCAAAGGCAAUAAAAGGCCCAAACAGCUCAGAACAAGCACACACAUAUCCAUCCACUGUUUCAAAUUCAGCCCUUUAAAAUGGACACAUAAAACAAAAAAACCACAGUACCUGCACACUGUUCUUGCGAAAUACUAUGGCUAGAUCUUCAUGUAAUACAUAAGCAUACAUUGUUAAAAAAAGAAAUUCAAGUCUCAGCGUGCACUGACUGUUUUGAUUUGCCAGGUGAUGCUUAUUGGGCAAACCGCACUAUUAAUCAUAUUUUAAUUGUAGUUUUUCUCUUUCUUAACCACCCCCUCCCACUCUAACCACACACAGAUCACACACACAAGGAAGAAAGGUACAUUUGUAAUGGUUUCCACUACUAUUACAACAUAAUUUGUAAUCUUCAAAGAUAGAGAUGUGUUUGGAAUUAUUUCAGGGCAACUCCAGACAGCAGCAAAAUAAAUGUAGGAAAUGAUUAAAAUCUUCAAAGGGGAAAUUUCAAAGUUCACGUUUCAAAUCUGCAAAUUAAUCUUUUGCUUACAAAUAAGCAUCUAAGCUAGGUAUGUUAAAUUGGGGCUAAGCAGGCACAGGUUGCAGGAUUAGGCCCCCAAAAUCCACACUUACAGUAAGAGUUCUCUAUUUAAAACCAUUGUAUUGUAUUCAAACCAUUUGUAUAGAUUUUUUUAAAAAUUAAAUUAGUUUUAAGAACAGGGUUACUCUUCAGGAUAGUUUACCAUUAUGCAAUAAAUGCAGCUUCUUGAUAGUAAAGAGUACAUCUCAUAAGUUUUUUUAAGUGGAUGGAUUUAAAUCAAGUAAAAGUUGAUAAAGUAAAACCAUACCAAGGCUGGAAAAGUGUGAUUAGCAAAAUCAAAAAGCCCUGAAGUUCACAGAAUUCAUCAUACUUAAGUAAGUUUUCACACCGUGGAAAAAGGAGUCAGCUUUAUGUUACGUAUGAAGCACGCAGAAUAUUUCUUCCUAAAAUAAACAUUUAAUCAGAGAGAAGAUUUUACAGGAAAAACCAAAGAAAAACUAACAAACCCCUCCAAUACCUCUUUCAGAUGGAGAAAAAAAUGUCUUUUAAUUAAUUUAGGAAGAGACCUAAACCUUUCAUCAGAACUGUAAUCGAAGACAGACAUUUAUUAAUCCAAAGCAAGGAUAAAAAUAACCUUUAGCACCUGUAUCAUAUUUCCAAGAUUUAAGACCUGACACCCAUUCCUCAGGUACUCCUCCGGUUCUAAAAAAUUUGUAGAUAUUUAAUUUUACUCCCUACGACAGUGGCUCCAAUUAAGUUGCUGUGACUUUUCAGGGUGAUUUUCUGGCUGCCUUUAAAACCACCCUGAAGGAAGACUUCCAGUUCUCUCAAAAAAAAAAUUAAUUUAAAAGCAUAUUAAAAGAAAAAAAAAGGAAAAGCCAAAAAAUGGAAGAAAUUGAGUACUAUUUCAGGGACAGUUUGCCUGAAAUCAACUCACUAACCACAUUUUUUCAAAACAAAUAGUGGGCAAUGAAAGAGAGGAGAAAAUUUAAAAGUUCAAUAAAUGCAUUUUUGCACUUGCAUAUAUAACAUUGUAAAAAGAAAGACCACUAAGACAUAUAGGUUUACUCAAAUUAUAAAAAUAUUUUAUUAUAAUUUUGGAAAAGAAACUCUUCAAAGCACAACACCAAACCCAAAGGAAAUUUCAGGACCCUGAAAUACAAUGAAAUUGUCAUAAUUUCAAUAUGGGUUAAUAUCUGCAAUGAUUAUUGUUGAUUAUCUGUUAUUAUUGAUUAUCUGUUACCAGAUCUCCCCUCCUCCCUAAAAAGGCACUUGUUAAAGUAGGAAAAGUAGAAGAAUAUGCAUUGACAGAAACCAACACCCAAUCCCUUCUUUCUUCUGUGCAUCUCUAAAGCAGGAACAGGAUUUUCAUAAUUUUUCCUGGCUGAAAUAUCCAUUUCUCCCACAUCCAUCCUCAUCUGAGGCACUGAAACAAAGAAGAAUCAGCUCAAAACCUCUGCCUGGUGAGGAGGACUGUCCCGCUGGAGCUGACGCCAGCCGAUGAUGUGGCCCGGGGUGCAGUCCCAGCUGGGUUUCGGGCACACCCCAGGCACCAGCAGACACCACUCUGGGGAGGCUGGGGCAAAGCCUGAUUCAUGCACCGGGCUCUGGGACAGUGCCCUGGCAGCCAGGAGUGAGGAGCCUGAUUGCCACCAUCUCCUCAAUACUGGUAGUGCUACCCUUGGGAGACCUCCCCUUCCUAGUGGUGGUUUCUCAAAAUACUCUUAUUUGGCAUAUUGCUCUUGAUAAAAUCUUUAUUGGCAUCAUCCUGCACAGCAAGACAGGAAGAGAAAGUAAUUACCCCUUCUAUUCUGAAGCUUGAUAACAAAACAUUCCUGUGAGUUUCCCACACGCCCACAAAUCUUAUCUUAAUAGUUUUCCAGAAAUGUUUUUUUCUUUAAUUCUUGCCAAAGCAAAAGAGAUGCAUACAUUACAUUUGAAAGAACGUAAGAUCUAAUUCCAUAUUAAAACCUGUUUAUCAGUCAGUUCAUGUGGUUUUUUUCAGUGCUCACCUCAGUGACAGGACAAACCAUUUGUACACAAAAAGUACCAACAAUAAUUUAUAAAAAGUGGGUGUUCUAGUGCGAUGGUAAUAUUAGGUCUCUUGGUCUAACCCAAAUACAGCAGAAGAUUAGAACCUUCCAGACCUGAGUAUCAAUGAGAGUUUUGGGUGCACAAUAAAGAUAACUGAAUCCCAGCUAAGUGAGGAUUCUCUUGUAGGUUCAGAUUUAUUUAGUGGAAGGUGUAGAGGCCAAUAUGUCUCUUUUUCUCCCCACCUUCUCCCAGUUAGUUACAAAAAAUUUAACUAUCAGACAUAUUUUUUCUGAAAAAUAAGAGCAUAACAGUGGUCACACUUUCCUGAACUCCAGAGUUUGUGACAACUGGAGCACAUAGUUUUUAUUCCAGAAUGACAUAAAAAUAUUUAUAACUUUUUGACUAAUGUUAUUCAAUAAUGCUAAUAAUUCACCAAUGGUACUGUAAGUUUUCAAGAAGCCUAAAGUCAAAUCUAAAGUCAUGAUCAAAAGAGCUCUUCAAGCUGACAAGCAACAUCUGGAGAAAAACAGCAACAAUCCCAGAAGUACUUAGUCUUUGGAGAACUGAAUCGUAACAAGAAAUUAUGUGCUUUGCAAUCAUGUAGUUCUCAUGUAGCAAUAUCAGUAUUCCGAUGGAGUUUAAUAUGCAAUGCCCGCUUUUCUAAGAAUGAAUUUGACCAUGUCAGGAGGAUCUCUAAAUUUAAACUCAUUUAGAGAAACUGUCCUCAGGAAAUGUAUUGAACGUGACAUGGUUUCAUACACAAACAGCUAAAAUUAAUGGUGCCUUUCAGUUGUUGGAUACACAGUUUGCACUACUCUCUUUUAUGGUUUAAAAAGUUAUUUUCAAAAACAGUGUGAAAGAGAAAACUACACACAUUUGCAGCAAAGCCCUGCAUUGGACUACAUCUUUCCAGAGACUGCUUAUUUGGAAUCUUACUUAGUCAAAUUAUCCACAUAAUCAAGCUAAUACAUCUCCUAUUAAAACAGUCAGCUCUGUAAAUUCUCCAGGUAUGAAAGUGAAGUGGGACACCUACUGUCUCGGAAAUUCUACAGAAAUAUUUCAGUUUUAUUCUACCUCCAAAGGUUUUACCCACAGCCCCAGACAAGCUGCAGCUUAAUUCUACUCCAGAGGAAGAAGUCUCUAUUACAGCAUGGCAUCAACUGUGUUUUGCAAUUUAAACAAGGUAAGACUCAGCUGGGAUAGACUUUUAUAUGUUCAGGACUCUUUUCAUGAUUUUUUUAUUAAAAUGGUUUGUUAAGAUGAUAUUGACAUAAUCAAGCUUAAAUUCCUUCUUUUAAGUUUUCAACUGGUUGGUGUUUGUUUUUCCUUUGAAAAAAAUACAAAAUUCUUCUGAACACUUGAAUUUGAUCUUUUGGCAGGUAAUCUUUUCAGAAAAAAAAAUCCAAAAUAUUGCUAAAUCACUAAAAAGAAACACUUUGAAAACAAAAUGCAUAUAGUGAUUAAAGACAUUUUUUUAAAACACAUAAAAUUUACAGACAAAGUCUGAAUAUUUAACAUACAAAUAAAUAAAAUGACAUCUUUAUCACAAGUUUAUACCAUGGUCCAGGGUUAGGUCACAUAAGAGGGAUUGAUUGGAUCUAAACACAUGAUAUAGGACAAAGCACAGAUCACACCAUCUAUUUGUCAUUUUGACGGAAUAAAAAGUUUCUCAUACAUUUACCAGACUUCAUCUUAAAAAAAGAAAAAAAAUAAAAAUCCUGGCUCUACUGAAGAAAAGAGCAAAACUCCUGAAAACUCCUGUAAAGGACUCCAGCAUCACCCUUCAGUCAUGUUUCCAUUAAUGCAUUGAGCUACUAUACUGACUUCCAUCAAUUACAUUAUUUAAAGAAAAAAAUUAAAUUGAAGCAAUUAUCAGUCUUCCUGAUGUUUCAGCCAGGAAACUCACAUAAAUAAAGAAGCUAAAGAAGUUUCUCCUUUAUAUUUUGCGCCCUGAAAAUCUGCAUAAACUAUCUCAUUUUGUGAACACACAUGUACUGUUGUAAGAAAUUGCAAGAACUACUUGCCGAGAAGGAAAGUUGAUCUUGGUGACACAGUUUUGCGUGACUGGAGCUUCAUAGUGCAGCUUUUUCAGAGUAUUUGAUUACUGAAAGUGCAAGUCUCUAAGUACCAGACCAUAGAACAGAUAUUCACAAAUUUGCUAGCAUUACACGAGGUACUAAUCUCCCCCCAAAAGAAGAGUCCUGUGGCAUUCUCUGAGUCACACAUGCCAGCAAAUUGAAAUGCACAGAGAUGUUGUCAGACAAUAUUUGACAGAAGAGAAAAAAGAAAACAGUAAAUGAAAACAAGCAAACAAGCGACAACUUAAGACACAAUAAGAACUAGAUAAUUUAGCCAUGAAAGAGGCAAAAUCCUUGUUCAAAUUCAAGAACUGAACAAUACAUCACAUCCAAGCUGGCACUCAUUUAAGGAACAAGCAAGUACAGGCGCUCCUUGUGUGGAGCUGUGUUGAUACUGAUCUCUGUUCUUUGCCCAAAUUGUAGUCACGGGUAAUCAUUAGUAAAAUCAAGCACCUCAAAGCUGAAGGGGUGGAAAACCUCCUCUCACUUGAAUCUUGACAGAAUACUUCUGUCAAGAAAAAGAAUUGACUAAAUUCUUUUCCAAAGAAAAAGAAAUGAGAAAUGUAUAGCCAAUCUAAAGCAGAGUCUAAUUCACAGACAAUAAAGGGGACUGAGGACCUCCUCACACAGGAAGGAAGCAGCACAAUUUCAGUUCAAGAGAAUGGGAGGAAACCAUCCUGAGCAUUCCACAUAUUUGCUCCUUAAUAUUCUCACCUCAAUAUCCAUCUCCCCUUAGAAAAUCACUCUUGUGAGAAGAAAGAGGAGUUAUGGAAUCAGCUCUCUGUGCUCAUGCAGAGCAGGAAGAGCGAUGUAGAACUCAAAACUCAGAAAGUUUUUGGGCAGGAGAUGUGACAGAGACACUACUAAGAUAUUUAAUACCCUGUUUUAUUCCAAGUCUUUUAAACUGCACAUGAAAAUUUUUGCAUUUUGAAUUUACCAGGAAAACCACAUCUUUGUACAUGUUUGCCUUAUAGAAUUUGGGUGUCUUCCAGGUUGAAACACCUUCCUGAGCCAUCCACCAUUCUUUCUCAAUCCUUUCAGAUUCCACAAAAUGAUUUUGCAGGGGAAGAGAGCGGGGGGUAAGCGGGGGGAAAGGGUGUAGAGGACAAACUGUGCAGAAACCAUCCACCUUUCGCUUCUGAGCCCAUGCCAACAGCCUGGGGUAACCCUUGACCGGAGACAGAGCUCUCUUGGCAGUCCCGCCUUCCACAACCCAUCCAAGGGCAGCUGAGGGAGCGAAAGGGCAGCCCAUCAGCUUUCAGGCUCUCCUCUGAAAAAGCGACUCCACAACACGCAGUGAUUUUUUUUUCUUUUUUUUUUUUUUUUUCAACGAUAUCCUCCCCGCGGAUGAGCGGCUCUUUCCACGCGUAGUGCCAAGAUCCAUCCUUCCCUCCCCGGCCGCACACACGGCACUCACUGGGCGUGUAGCCGGGGCUCUAUGUAACCCCAGCCGGCACAGCCCGGCCCCGCCACUGCCGCUCCGCCCGGCCCGAGGCGCUCCCGACCCCGCGGCGGCGGAGCGGGGAUGCCGCCCGUCCCGGGGGUCGCGCAGCCGCCCGCGCCCGCCGCCGGCCCGCGGGCAGCACCGCCGCCGCGGAGCAGAAAGUGAAAGUAGCCGCGGCCGGCGGAGCCCCAUGGGAAAGGCAAAGCCCGGCCGUCCCGCCGCCGCUUCGGACAGCGCCGCGGUGCCCCCGGGCGGGCGGGCGCCGGGGGGCUGCUGAGCCCGGCCCGGCCGCCCGGCCCCUCUCGGCCCCUGCGCGGCGCUCCGCGGGCUGCGGGCGUCAUGGCCCAGGCGGCGCCGCCACCAUGACCGCGGACCCGUCGGCGCAGCUCCCCGACAGCCUCCGCACGGACCAUGUUCCAUGCCUUUUUUAGAUCUACCUUACCAGUUCUGCCACUGCUCCUUGUUCUGUCUCCAGUGAAUGCAUCUACUUGUGCAAUGGGAAAUAAAACAACAGAAAUCCGUGUGAAGUAUGAGAAUAUACUAAGUCACGACAUCAAUGAGCUGGUAAAUAUGUCUGCAGAGAAUCGUGACAGGUGCUGCAAGAAUAAAAGAAAUGAAAAUAUCAAAGUGUUUUUCUGCAAUGAUACUGAGGAAAUAGAAUCACUACAGAGCAUGGCAUGCAACAUGCUCAGAUUCUUUAAUAAGCAGAGAAUCAGCAAAGCCUUUAGACAGAAAGCAGCAUUCGUCUCAUGUGGGACACUACAAGUUCUACAGUGUAAAUGUGAAAGACCUAAAAAAGAAAAGGUUUGCUCACAGGUAUUUCGUUUAGAAGAUACAGAGACAGGUGAACAGUCCAAAAAGAAAUGUAACCAAGAUGUUUGUGAACUGAAAGAAAAUAUAUCUAGCCUUCGAUCCUGCUGGAAUAAAUUUGAAAAAAUAAUUUCCAGGUGAUUCCAGGUGAAUCCUGCUCUUUUCUUUUGAAGUGGCAUUACUUGGUAUCUUUGCAUUUUAUAUGCAUUCUUCAAGUAAACUUGCUCGCUUAUAUGAACACUUUAUGCCAGAAUUCUGAUGGAAGGAUGAUGUACCUUGUUCCUGGAGAUGACAGAAACAGAAAUGGCUGAACCAAGCUGCUGACUUCCAAGAAGUGGAAAUAGAAGACCAGCAUUUGAAACAAAGAACUCUACAGAAGUCCGUGUCCAACCUUUGUGCUCUGGAAACUACUCUGAAUUUUCUGAUUUUUCAAGUAAUUUUAUAAUACUGUCAUAUGAAAGCAGCCACUUACAUGUCUACUGGAAUUUACAAAAAACAUCUUGGAAUCAGUAGAUGAAGAAAAAGAGUAUGAAAAAGAAGCUGGUUUCUUUAUAUCUAUGCAAAACACACCAAGGACCAAAAAAAAAACCAAUUUACCAAAGCAGCAGAUCAUCUUGGAUUUGUUCUCCUGAGACAGAAGUGUUUUUGGUGUGGGUCUCAUGGGUCUGCUAACUGAUUUGGGUUUGGAAAAACAAGGAAAAAAUUAACUUUUUCAAAAACUUAGGAAGGGUACUGAAUUUUGAGAGAUGCAGCAUGCUUCUACUGGCUGAAGCACAGGCAAGACUGAAUCCUGUGGAAGAAGAAAAAGAUGCCUGAAUGUAAGUUGUUCAGUUGACUGGAAACAGCACUACACUCAUUCAUUUAUUUGAUCAACCCAGAGUGAGCUGCAGGAGGAGCUAGAAUUCCUUAGCUUCAGAUUGUGAUUUCUCAUACGCAAUUAUUUUAUGUAACAUGUUUUAAGAUGUUAGGCAAACAUGACUUAAAAUAUGUGAAUAUUGUCAGAGAAUAAUAUAUUGGCAUUUAACUAAUAAAGUGCUCAUAUUUUAUUUUGAAUAAAUAGAAGUAUUUUUAUAGUUAUUACUCUUUUGCAGUUUCUUACUUUGAUAUAACUCCUUUGGUAAUAAAAUAUUUGUCUUCUAUGAAAUUGGGCUGUUCACUUUUUGACUACCAUUUCUCCUUUUUUAGGUUAUAUUCAGAGAUAGUCAGUCAUUCGAAGCUCAGCUGGGGAAUUCCCAUCUUUAAAUACCCAUUUCUUAGCUGCUUUGUAACCUGCCCAAUUUAAGUAAACAUUUCCAUACCAGCCAUCUGCCUCGGACUGAAUACUUCAGGAAAGCUUUAGUUAAGUCAGCCUGGUUCACUUCCUGGUUUGAAGUAAACGAACAUAAAUUGUUUUAUCUGUGCUAAAAGAAUUUUUCUGUAAAACUACUCUGUAAAAAUUUUGGUGUUCAGAACAAACACCCGAAAAAGCAGUAGGAUGUGCUUCAAAGAACUGUUUGCUCAGUUGAUUGUAAAGAGCACUGGUUUUAUGUAUUUGACUGGAACAAGACUGCUGUACUGAAGCUGAGAGGGAAGAGGUUAAGAGCAAACCUUGCCAUGCUUUUCUGAAAUACACUCCAACCCCCCAUGUAUUUAUGGUGAUGAUGAGGCAGGAGUGGUAACUUUGUAAACUGUGACUGAGACUUUCACACAUUCUCUUUAGCUCUUCAUAUAAGAGAUCACAGCUUUAACUCAAAAGACUUUAAAAAACUGAAGCCAACCCCAGCCCAUAAAUCUUGUAUGCAACAGGGAAAGGAAACAUUUCCCAGUAUCAUACUGCAGACAAAGAGAACGUAACCACAAUUCUAAGGACUUCGCUGGAAAUCCUUUCUUCUGAAAGAGGACUCAGGAGACUGCAGAUUCAGUUGGUCUCUGAGACAGAAGAGCAGUUGUUUUGAUAUUUUUUGGAAAUUCAAGAACAGUUAAAGCCAGCACUCAUUUCCUAAUAACCACUUGGCAAGCAAAGGGCAGUGUGGGUUACAGCAAAAAUACACAGAUGCAGUAUUAGCUACUACAAAAUUGAAAGGUCAGUCAGUUAAAGUUACUUAAGCAGCAGUCCACAACUUAAGUCUUGAGAGAAAUAAAGCAAUUCCAGGACUACCCUGGGCCAAAGACCAAGGGUAGAUCCAGAGCAGAAAUUUAAAUAAAGUGAUUAUGAAAUUGUGGAUUUCUUCUGAUUACUUCUCUUAAUAAAUAUCCUGCCUGUCUGAUUCUUGUUGCCAAAUUUCCUGAUGUCACCGCUUACAUGUAAACACUAACUGCUAAAUGCAUAUACUUGUGCUCUUUGGUUUGUUCCUUCAAAUUGAGAACUUCAGGUUUCCUGAACUUACAAAUGUGGCACUAAAGUGCUUUUCAGGAAUUGGCAAAGGAAUAAAAACUGUGCAUGUUAUCAUCACCAUCAUGCCUACCUACCUGCCACCUUCACUUAUGCAUUUAUUUACUUAUUUGGCCACAGAAAAGAAGUAAUAUGAGUGGUCAAAACCAUUUUUUAGAAGUACAUGGAAUUUAUGGGAAGGUGUCAAGGAUAAAAACUUAGGUAUUUAAAUUAAAAAGAUUUUCACAAUGUUGUUGCAAGAGGUUCAUGUUUGAGACCAUCUAAAGAACCUGAAGGUGCACAAGUCCAUGGGACCUGAUGCAAUACAUCUGUGGGUUCUGAGGGAACUGGCAGAGGAAGUGUCUAAGUCACUAUACAUGAUAUUUGACAAGUCAUGGCAGUACAGUUCCUUUGGAUUGCAUCCUGUCCUUCAACUUGCCCAGGGUGCACUCGAUCUCACUGUGUCAUUCAUAAAGACACUGUAAGGGCACCAAAACAAGAGUCCCAAAACAAGAGUCCUGAGGGACAGCACUCGAUACCAGCCUCCACCUGGACACAGACACACUGACCACAACUUUGCAGCUGUAUCCAUUCAGUCAAUUCCUUUUCCACUGAAUAGUCUACCCUUCAAGUCUGUAUCUCUCUAAGUAAACUAAAGAGCUCAGUAGAAGGAAGUUUCCCCUAAAAAAAAGGAAUGAAAAGAGGCAUUGAUCUCUAUUCAUCCAUAUUUAGCAAAAAAAACCCCAAAAAAACCCAGCAAUCCAAUCCCUUAUUGCAAUUUCUGCACGCAUAAAUGAACUUCUCAAGAAAAAUAUAAACAUUUCAUCAACAUAACAGUGCUCUAAUGUCAUGAAGGAGAACAAACCCAGAUCAAGCUUACUAUCCCUUAUAGUUUUAUUAUUAAGAAGAAAAAAAAAAAAAGAAAUACUACAGAUGUCACAGUGAUGGGCUCUACGUAAACUAAAUUCUCAGUAUAGUUGGGGAAAUAGAGGAGAUAGAGGGUUAACUUUAUAUAAGGAGAUCGCACUGAUUUAAAUAUCUGGUAUGUUUUUCAAAGUGACUUAGGAAUCCAAAUCUCAUCUCACUCAAUUAAAUAACCCUAUUCUUUGUGUACCUGAGAUCAUACAUCACAAUAUUAAUAAGACUGAAAUUAUAUUACCUACCUGUAUGCUAUGUUUUAUAAGAUAAUUUUACAUUUGACUACAAAAAAUGCACAUCACAAGAAGCUUUACUGGCAUAUUUGCUUUAUUGUUAACAAGUGCCAAAUCAGCAUUAGGUGGUGGUUUACAUUUAUUAAUUAAAACAGAACUGACACUUUAAAACAAACAUAAUAUACAAAACAAGAGGCAAACAAACCAAGGAAUCCUGGCAAAUAAACCACCUCACUGGAUGGUCACAAAGAAAUAUUCCAUGUACUGAGGGGGAAGGCAAACAUAACAAAUGCAAUGCUGAAAAAAUUAAUCACGUCCAACACAUGAAUGAACACGCCAUUUAAAAACACAGAACAUUAAUAAAUAAAACUUAUGAAGAGAAACAUAUUAAGUGGCAUAUGCAGGAGGAACACCAAGAGUUAGAACACCAAGAGUUACAGUUACAACUGUUUGUAACAGUUGUACUGUACUCAGCACUUUACAGACCCCACCCAAAUUCAUUCACGGUUCUGCCAGAAAGCCAAACUGAAAUACAGAACUAUGGUAAACCAUGCACUUCUGUUUAGAACGUGGGUUCAAUAUUCAGCCACAUUAAACUGAGUAUUUGAUUUGCUGACUCAAACGUUCAAAUUGGGAAAAUAUAAUUUCCCUAUCAAUUAUUUUUGUAAAGAACAAACACUUAUUAAGAGAAAAUAUGAAGAAGCUGUUUUCUGGCAAGAUGAAGUAGAAUGGGACUAAAUAAGAUCCUCCAGAAAUGUGUAUUAUUCUGGACUGACAUAACACCAAAAAACCAAACCCAAAACAAACCAAAAAAUGAACUCGUAUGCAAGACUAAUCUCUUAUACUGUGAAUACUGGAAUGAAAAUAUCAACCAAGUAACUACUGAAUUCAGCUAAUGAAGUCUUUUACCUAACACUUCUUCCAACAACACAAUUAGGUCACUCAAACCUUACUUAGCAAGAUUGAAAAAACCAACCAAACCAACCAGCAACUAAACAAUCACAAGAUGGAAUAAGAUGUACUUGAAAGGCAAUUAAACUAUUUUCACCAGAGUACUGAAACAAAGAUGAAAAUUCUACUUUCUCAUACAACCCAUAUAACUAUUCAUAGCUUAGUCAAACUGGAUAGAAAUAAAAUUGAAAAAAGUGCUCUUACUAAACACAAUUUUUUCAGCCAAGACUAAAAACACUAAUAACAGGUUUGUUCUUUGCAGAUAUAUAAAGUCUGUGUGAUGGAAACUAGCACUUCUUGUGACCUUUGUAAUACAUAGACAAUAUAAUUUAAUUUUAUAUGCAGACUAUUUACGUAGAGUCUACACAUCAGUGUGCACAUAUCUUAUUUAAAGUACUGCAGUCAUACCUCCUUCCACUGACUUGGUAAGCAGGCAUCAUGAAAAUGUUCUCCCUGCAUUUCAGGCACCAGCUCUCAAGCUGUGAUGGUGAAUUAGGAGUUAGUCCCUUGCAGAUGACAGAGCACUUCCAUGAUACAUAAAGACUGGGUCAGGUGUGACAAUACAAUCUGGAGUUCCCACUCUGUGAAGGCACAGGACAUGUGGCUGCACUGGAGUGGCCGCUGCCCCAGCAGCACGGGAGAGGCUCAGAGCUGGAGCACCGAGGACAGCUCCCCCUGCCUGAUGCCCUCCCAGCCAGGGAACUCUCAGGUGGAGCUUUCCCUGUCCCUCCAGGGAGUUCAAGGGCUCUUUGAGUCUCUUUGGCAAAUUUGAAAAAUUCUGCCUAUAUGUUCAUUUCAUAGUUACAACCUGAAAUGGGGGUGAAGCACUUCCCUGUGUCCACCUCCUUGCAGCGGUGUGUAAGACAAAUUAUUCAUAUAAACACAUAUUUUAAUUGCUGUGUAUUUGGAGAUUCCAGUUCUGAAACUACCUAGGGUGUGGGCAUCAUGCAUAAAUAUAAACCUGUGUAAAGUAUAUCAUACAGAGAUUAAGCUUUAUGCUAUGCUGUUUUUACUAUUGAAGCUAGCAUUUUUCAUAACUCCAUUGCACUUCUAUCAGCAUAGUUCCAAUGAUCUUGUACUACUUCCUGGCACAGAGAGGUCCUUUGUAUAAGAGAAAAUCACAAAAGUAGAAUGGGAAUGCAAACUCCCUCAGGUCAAACAUCAAAACCAGCCUCUUCUUGUUUCUUUAAAUGGAAUUUCACCAUUGACCUUUUUACCCCUCCCCCUUCUUUAAAGAAUGGAAGAACCUUAGUAAGAACAUUGAGAAGAUAAAAUGGCAGACAGUAAACCUGUCAUAGGGUUAUACAUUGGUAUAGGAAUCAUCAUAACAAUUGCAUCACUAAAUUUCACUAUAAACAGACAGUGCAUAGUUUAUGUUUUUUCCUCCCAUGAAAACCAAGGCAUAAGGGUGUGGAGAAGACUACAGCAAGAGGGUUUGGAUGUAGAUCACCAAUAAAUUAAAUUUGGGAACGUCUUAACACAUGCAAUAAAAUAAAGAUUGAAAAUUCAGUCCAACUCCCUGGAAUUUUUUUUUCUGUGAAUAUAACAAAUUUGUUUCUCACAUUCAGUUCUUUGGGGAUAUUAGGAAAAGUAAUCCACUGUUUUGUACAAACAUCCACUGAGAUGGAAUUACAGUGAUCUGUGCUGAUACCUUGAGUAAUACAGACUAGGGUCUGUAACACCACAGACUUCAGAAACCUAUGUCAUUCAGUAACAAAACCAGUUGAAAAAUACAAAACAUAUUUGGCCUCAUAUGGUAAGUCUUACCAUAUAGCACCAAACUACACAGUCAAAAAGAAUUUCAUUGUCUGCUUAUAUUUACUGUGGAUUACAACACAUGCACAUUAUCCAGGGUUACUAUCAAUAGCUGAGUAUGUUUCAUAGACAUUCUUUGUAGGGCCAAAUUAAAAGAUCAAGUUUAAAAACCUUUUAAUGUGUUCAGGUUAAUUCCCUAUCUCACCUGCAUGAUAGAUCACGUAAGUGUAAAAGAAGCAAAUGAUGAGCUACUCAAGUAAUUUACUAAAUGCUGCAUUGAAAGCAAAGAAGCUCAAAAACAGCUCACCAAGCAGAAAAUACAAUAAUUGUAUGAGUAUUGAUUUGAAAUUCGGAGAUCUGCCACCUACAAUUCAAAGGAGAAAGAGUCAAUAUGUUUUUUUCCUGGAGUUACAGUAAUCCUAGAAAAUCUGAAAGGUAUUUAGUGCUGUACUAAACAUUUCCUUUGUAGAAAGCAUUUUUAAUAAAUGGAAAAAUGCAUUUUCCAGCAGAAACAACUGCAAAUUCAUCAGGCAAGAGUAGAUUCACUAUCUGAUCAAACCUAUUCUGGACUGUUAUCUUUGCUGUUGGACUCUCAGCUCACAAUACAUCAGUCUGCAGACCUCUAUGGCCCAAGUUCAGGGCAAGAUCACCAAAGCAGGCUUAUCUAAGGAAAGAAUGCAGAAUUCCGGUUUUUCUAAACACAAACAUGAAUGUGCCAUAAUAUGGAUCCUAGAAUCUAAACUCCUAGAAAAUAAACUGGCUAGGAUUUGUCAGCUCAAAGUAUCACUACCGGUCAUCCAUCCUGUCAUGCUCAGUAGCCAGUUUACACCAAUUGUGAAAAGACUACACUAAAUGAGGUAUAAUUUAUUUAAAAAGAAUUGUAUAAAAGGCAUAAGACAUUCACUGAACUAAUUUUAAAACAUGAAUAGCUGGUGGCCUGCAACAUAACUACAUCAAGUCUCUUAAAUCACUCAUUCUUAAGACUGGUAUCUGCUUUGAAGAUGUUUUUCUUCAAUCAUGCUUUCUUCCAAAUUGGCCCCAUUGAUAAUCACAAUUUUUGAGAAUGUAAGCAAUGACCAUAACACUAUAAUGGAACACUAUAUUACAUUUUGUCUAAUUUGCAAAGAAAUUAAAUGAAUUGAAACUAAUGGUGUUUGUGAGCUGAAAGUACCAGCUUCUGACAAAAAAUGUAUUUACUGUGGGAAAGGCACAGUUAUGUUAUUUCAGAUUGUUCUGUCACGCAUAAUGAAGAUGGUGCAAGUACUUCAAAGCAAAACUUCACAAAAUAAAUUACAACAUUAAGGUACAUGUUAAGUGAUUUGGCUUGUGAAUGGUUUUAUUAGUAAAUGUGUAAUUUACUGUGUAAUUAGUAAAAAACCCAACAACUUUGAGUCUCUCCCUUCUUCCCAAUGGAUUAAUGUGAAGUCUAUUACUAACUUGAAGAAACUGCUGUUUUGAGAUCAGAAAUAAACAAAAUAGCAG